AUGUAUUCGGUUGAGUGGCAAAAGCGAGGAUUUUCUCAUGCACACAUUUUGGUUUGGUUCAUCGACAAAAUCCGUCCUGAAGAAAUCGAUAGUAUCAUUUCUGCGGAAAUUCCAGAUCCAUCCACUGACCAACUGCUGUUUGAUAUUGUUACAACAAACAUGAUUCAUGGUCCAUGUGGUACUCUUAAUAGUUCAUCGCCUUGCAUGGCUGAUGGAAAAUGUACUAAAAAUUUCCCUAAAGAUUUUACCAAUGAUACGGUCACAAAUGUUGACGGAUACCCAAUAUAUCGUCAAAGAAAUCCUGAAAAUGGCGGACAAUCAUUUAUUAAAAUUAUCAUCAACACAGACAUUGAUAUUGACAAUCGUUGGGUGGUGCCAUAUUCGCCUCUGCUGAGCGAGACAUAUAAUGCUCAUAUUAAUGUUGAGUUCUGCAGUUCUAGUGGAAAUACUAAUGUGAAUGCUCCUCCAGUGAUUAAAAACGAUGAAAUAACGCUCUACCAAAUUGGUCGGUUCAUCAGCUCCAAUGAAGCUGCUUGGCGUAUCUUUGGUUUUCCAAUUCAUGAACGGGAUCCAGCAGUUGUUCAGUUAGCCAUCCAUCUUGAAAACGGUCAGCGUGUAUUUUUCACGAACGAGACAGCGAUUGAUCGUGCAAUAAAUCCACCUAAAACUACACUCACUGCAUUUUUUGAAUUGUGUAAUCGUGCGGAUGAUUUUGGUUCCUUUGCACGAACAUUACUCUAUUCACAAGUACCACGCUAUUUCAGAUGGACUCAAACAAAAACAUGGAUGCCCCGCAAGCAAGGCUCACCAGUUGCUGCAUGUCUCAAUUUAUUUAAAUCAAACGCCUUAGGGCGAUUAUUUACAGUCAAUCCAAGACACACGGAGUGCUUUUAUCUUCGACUGUUGUUGGUUAAUGUUACUGGCCCAUUAUCAUUUCAAGAUAUACGUAAAGUGAAUGGGCAACAAUAUCCAACGUAUAAAGAUGCAUGCCUUGCACUCGGCUUGCUGGAAGACGACAACCAGUGGGAAUGCAUGCUUGCUGAAGCUGCAUUGAACUGUACAGCAAUACAAAUUCGUCUACUAUUCGCUAUAGUGUUGACUACAUGUUUCCCAGCCCGAACACAGAUAUUAUGGGAAAAUCACAAAGAUUCAAUGACUGAUGAUAUAUUGCAUCAACAUCGUAUACGGUGCCACGAUCUAACCAUAACAUUCAGCGACGAAAUGUACAAUGAAGCAUUGAUUGCUAUUGAGGAUCUUUGCAUUGUCAUUGCCAACUUACCACUUAGUAAUUUCGGUAUGAAUUCGCCAAAUCGCACUGCAUCUGAUUUAAUGAAUACUGAAAUGAAUCGUGAACUGCAGUACAGUACUGUAGAAAUGGCAGCGAUUGUUGCCCGCAAUGUCCUACUAAUGAAUGAGGAACAAAGAACCAUUCAUGAUCGCAUUAUGCUCGCAGUUUCAGCUGGACAAGGUGGGUUCUUCUUUUUGGAUGCACUGGGUGGAACUGGCAAAACAUUCGUUAUUUCGCUAAUUCUUGCUGAAAUACGAUCAAAUAAUGGCAUUGUAUUGGCCGUUGCAUCAUCGGGCAUUGCAGCAACUUUAUUAGAUGGAGGUAGAACAGCUCAUUCAGUAUUUAAGCUGCCACUAAAUAUUCAGAAUAACCCUGACGCAGUAUGCAACAUUAAGAAACAAUCGUCCUUGGCCACUGUGCUGAAACAGUGUAAAAUUAUCAUUUGGGAUGAAUGUUCUAUGACACACAAACAUUCACUUGAGGCGUUGAACAGGACAAUGAAAGAUAUUAAAAACAGUGACAAACUAUUUGGCGGAACUCUGUAG